AUGAAACAUAUUUUCUACAGCUUAGUUGUGGCUAUUUGGUUACCUCAUUUGGAUGGCCGACGGUUUCGCUGCGAUUACAACUACCUUAAAAAUAUACGAGGGUUCAUUAAAUAUCAAGAAAUACCUUCAACAUGGGACGAAGCACAACUGCGAUGUAAUUUAGAAGGCGCUUUGCUUAUGUCUCCAAUCAUGCCUGGAUUUAAAAAAGCAAUGACGUCACUAGCCAACCAGAGCAGCGUUUGUGGAAUACACACUGGUCUACAUUCAAGAUUUUCCAAAGGCGACUUUAUUUCUAUUGAAGGUGUAAAAUUGUCAGCAAUUAGUCACACCUGGGCCAAAGAGGAACCAAAUAAUAACAACGAUGAAGAAUCCUGUAUAGCGAUGCUUCUUGAUGGCACUAUAGCAGAUAUUAGCUGUAAUGAAACCUUACCAUACAUUUGUUAUCGGAAAUACGAUAAGAACAUGAAAAUGUACAGAUGCGGUCACGAUAAAGACUACGGAUAUUGCAGGAAAGCAAACAAAUGUUAUAAAUUCCACAAUACGCCUCAAGUCUGGUCUCGGGCAUACAAGACUUGUGACGCCGAAAGUGGCCAUUUAGCCAUCAUCAACAACAUAUCGGAGAUAGACAUCUUCAAGCAAAUGUUUGUCAAGAUGCAUGCCAGAAGGGCCAUACAGGACGUUGCUGCUUCGGCGUUUCUUGGCUUUCGGGACUGGAAUGGCGAAUGGAGAACCAUCCAUGGUCAAACUUUAGAAGAAUCUGGCUACCACAAAUUCAAGGCUGGUUCCAUAAAUAAAACCUUAAAUUUCAAUGUCUGUGGCGGUAUUGACAACAAUGCCAAUUUGGUCCCUUUGCAGUGCGAUAUUGAGUCUGUUUUCAUUUGCGAAAAGGAUAUGGAACCCCGAGUGUGUCCAAAGAGAGUAUGA